CUCGCCGGCCGGGGCAGCUGCGCGCGGGUCCUCGCCGGGGCCUGCUCGGAGCCGCCUCCCUCUCCUCCUCCUCUCCCCGCUCCCCGGCCCCUCUCCUCCCCGCGCACCCGGCCAUGUCCGACGUGUCCCUCCGCAGAGACGCGACAAUGGAGCGCCUGGCCGGCCGUCGACCUCUCCCGCCGCUCGUGCGCACCAGCGCCUGCCGCAGGCUCUUCGGCCCGGUGGACCACGAGGCGCUGCGCGUCGAGCUGCAGGCCCGCCUGGCCGAGCUGCACGCCGAGGAGCAGCGCCGCUGGGACUACGACUUCGAGCUGGACAGGCCCCUGCCGGGUCCCGGGCGCCUGCAGUGGAUAGAGGUGGACAGCGAGUCGGUGCCCGCCUUCUACCGCGAGACGGUGCAGGUGGGGCGCUGCCGCCUGCAAGUGGGGCCCCGCGGCCCUCGCGCCGCCGGCACCGACCCGCCUCCCGGGCCGCCGGCCGCCGAGACCCUGGACGGCCGCGGGGAGGCGCCGGCGCCGCCGCCCAGCGCCCCGAUUGCGCCGCCCGGCCCGGACCCGGCCGCCGCGCCCCAGGGCAGCGACGAGCAGGGCGCGAUGCCCGCGCCGCGCAGCCCGGAGCCCCUGGCGGAGCCCCCGCUCUCGGGGAUGGCAGCGCGCCCCGCGCCCGCCGCGCCCGCCAGCGGCGCCGCGAUCAAGAAGCUGCCCGGGCCGCUCAUCUCAGAUUUCUUCGCCAAACGCAAGAGAACUGCCCCCGAGAACAAGUCGUCGGGGGAGGUCCCAGCGGGCUGCCCGGCGCCCGGCGCCCCCGCCGCCGUCGGCGCACCGGAGCAAACUCCGCGUAAGCGCCUGCGGUAAGCGAGCCUCGCCCCUGAGGAGCCCCGAGGGAGCCCGGCGGGGCGCGGAGACCGGAGGAGCACAGGGCCUCGGCUGGGACCGUCCAUGUAGCAGCAACCUGCGGUGGCAGCCGCGGAGCAGAGUUCGGUUUCGUUUAAAGAUUAAAUACUGUGCAAUGUAUUAGUAACUCCUUUAUAUCUAGAUGUAUUCCGAGUACACUGGUCCCAAGGUGUAAAGCUUUAAGAGUCAUUUAUAUAAAGUGUUUAAUCUCUGCUGAACCUCAGUGCUGAAAAAAGAAAAAGACAAAAAAAAGAGAAAAAAACAGAAAAAAAGCAUGUAUAUUUGUACAAAAAGUUUAAGAGGUUAUACUAACUUAUAUUUCUAUUUAUGUGGAGGCGUGGGUCCCUCUGCCACGCCAUCGCUCGGUUACUGGUUUCUGCCAAAGGCACGGUCACCUGCAUCGGGCCCACAACACAUGUAAAUGCAUUUCCAGCAGGCCCCCGGGAGGGCUGCUCUCCAGCUGUAGCCGCCUACAAAGCCAUCUAGCUUGCAGUCUCUUCGCUUCUGCUGUCGCUCCUUUUACUAUUACUUGUAAACUUGAAGACAAAUCUGUUACAAAGGUUCCUGAGCCGUCUGUACCACUGCCCCGGCCUGCCUCCGCCGGGUUCCUAAUAAAGAGGCCGACAAAUGCUGCAACCCCGGGGUCCUCUCUGCUUCAACACGCCUCCUGCUUUCUCCUUCUCACGCACCCCAAAAAGUUAGGGGGAGACAGAACAAGCCAAAGGGCCAAAUCCGCUGCUCAGCACAGAGUGGGGGGACGGGGCAGCCUGGGCUGCUUUCUACACUGUCUGCCAGAAACAGGAGGGGGCUUUCUGCUCAGGUCUCAGGUCCUCACCUGGGGAGGGGCAGUACCACCCGGCCAGAUGUGUCAGCCUCCACGUUCCAGGCUGGGGAAACAGGUGUGGGCUGGGUGCGGCUCUCUGGGGCGGGUGCACGGUCUCUAAUCUGCCAUCGAGCCCCAAGCCCCCUUGCUUUCCUGACUCUCAGGAAAGCUCCUUCCUUCUGCAUUUGGGGAAGCGGGCGGGCUGCCUCCUGCAAGGCUGGGGACUGGGACUCGUGGGCACCUGCAGGGACUUGGUCAAGACAGACGUCCCCUGACUGUGAGGCCAGCCCUGAGACAGCGGACCCGUGAUUUGAGUUCCUCACACAAAGUUGGGGUCCCAAGGCGGGAGGCUCGAGGGUUCGCAGCUUCAUGGGCCAGGGUCCACCAGGGCUGCUGCUCACGCCUAUGGGGUGCCAUGGGAAGGGGCGACUCCAGGCCUGUGGGGCGGGGGUUGGGUUGGAGUGGGUUCCAAGGGGGCUUGGGCCCUGUUGGGGAUGCUGGGAGAAUUCGAGGCUGCAUCCACCCCUCUGUACCCCCUGCCUGCACUGUCGGCCCCACCAGCCUCCUGGUUUCAAAGUGCUCCCUUUCAGUCAAAAAGCAGAGGUUUAUUUUUUAUAGCUGACCUAUAAACCUCUGAAAAUGAUGGCUUACAAUGGAAAGGGUGACGUAAAAUAGCAAAAACAGGGCGGCUAGCAGUAUUUUCUCUGGUGAGUUUGGCCUGGAGAAGCAGAGAGCGGUGGUGUAUUUUUUUAAGUUAACUCUUCUGGGGCUGGAUGCAUGAAUAAAGUCCCCACACACCCAGAGAUCAGGGACAAAGGCCCAGCUUCACCCUCGAUUUUCAAGAUGCAUUUAGACAUGUAAUUAACCUCCCGCAAUUGCCUGAAAGGGCAAGGGGAGACAGUGACUGGAUGGACCUGCUGGGGCCAGGUGCUGAGAAGGGCCCCAGAAAUAAGAGGGACAGGCCGACUGCCUCCUCUACAACCCUCAGCCUGAGAGUAACCUGGCAGUUAGCCAGUGCAGACCUGACUCCAGGCUUGGGGCCUCUUCUGUGGGAAGGAGUGCCCACCUAAGUGACCAGAACGAGGUGCUUUGGAGUCUGAGGAGGGUCAAGCUACCUUCUGAGGUGGGCAAUGGAGGAGUGGCCAGGGAGGAUGCUGGGUGCCUGGCAGGGGCUCCUGGGGGCUCAAAGUGACCCAAAGGGAUAGCUUAUCGAUGGAUGACAGAACCUGCCUGGGCUGGUCUCCUCACAUCCAACAGCACCCCUGCUGGGGAGGCCUCCUUUUGUAGGCAGGACCAGCCAGGAUGGGUACCUUACUCAGUGUCUCAUAGCCCAGGCCCUGGAUGUGGGGACCCUGACUGCAGCCCACCUGCUGCCCAGCCUGCUGGUGUCACUCCAGGUGUGACUUUUUCCAAAGCAGUCAUUCCUCAGGCUGGGUUUCUUUCUCUCCCAGGCAGGGCUUGCCUGCAGAACCCAGGAGGUCACCCACCCCAGGGAGACAGUGCUGGGUUUCAAGUCAUGGGGCUCCCACAGUGAGCUCCAGAAGGCCCUUCUUUCCCUCUGUGGGCCUCAGUUUCCCCAUCUGGACUGAGAAGUGUCUAAGGUUCCUUCCCACUCUAAAGUCCUGUGAUUCUCAUAUGAGGGUAAUCAUGGAAGAGCAAGCACCUGAUGGCCCCGUUUGCAAAGCUCUCUUCUCACGUACCUUCGCCAUGGGCAGCAUUGGUGAGCAUCCUGCAGCCAGAGGCCGGGCCUUUCCUCCCUGUGCCCAGGCCUCAUGCGAGUCCAGAUCAUCCAGGGACGGACACUUGCGUAUGGACACAUGAUAAUGAUGACGGCAGCAACCACAUAGCCCACACCCAGGGCAGUAAUGGCUUGUAGCCUUGGGCACUUUCUCUGUGCCAGCCGUGUGCUGGGUACCAUUCACCCUCAGCACCGUCCUACCAACAGGGUCCCUUGGUGCUCCCCAUCUGCCAGAGGAGGAAGCCAAGGCACUGGGUAACCUGCCCAAGGUCACGUAACUGACCACGGCAGGGCUGAGGGACUUUGGAUGGGUGCAGCCCGGCUCCAGAGUUCGAGCUCAAAAUCGUUGCAGCACCCUGCCCCAUGGAGAGGAGGGAGGUAGGGGAUAGGGAGCCCAGUCUCCCAGGGCCUGGUGGGGACCAUGAGUUAAUGUGUGUAUCACAUGGAGCACUGGGCUGGCAGGCAGGAAGGGCACAGUCAUAAUGACCCCUCCGCAGCCCCCUGGCAGGUGGCAUCUGAGGCUGAGGGAGGUGGAGGGUGGGAGUCGUGUGGACUAACUGGGAGAGGAUUGCCCCAGGCAGAGCGAGCAGCCAGUGCAAAGGCCCUGAGGCCUGGAGUGUGUGUGGAAUAGUGGGCUGGGGGCCGGAGCAGGCUGAGGGCUAGGAGAUAUAUUUGGAGUGAGAACCAGUGGGGUCUGCUGUGGGACUGGAUGUCUGAGGUGGGGGUGCAGGAAAGGAGGCAUGGGGGCCCCUGAAGUUUCUGGCUCCAUGUCGGUGUGACACGGGACCCUUCUCUGAGCUGAGGCUGGCUUCCCAGAGAAGUGGGGGAGCAGAAGUCAACGUCCCUUCCUUUGGGCUCUGCCCAUACCCAUUGUUGUCGAGUCGAUCCUGACUCACAGCAACCCCACAGAACAGAGCAGAACUGCCCCGUAGGGUUUCCAAGGAGCAGCUGGUGGAUUCAAACUGCUGACCUUUUGGUUAGCAGCUGAGCUCUUAACCACGGUGCCACCAGGGCUUCCUCUGGGGUCUGGGGAGUUGUAAUUCAGCACCCCCGCCCCCACCUGCACUCUGAACCAGGCCCCGUGGACACAAACAAGGAGCUUUCCACGAGUCAGUCAGUUCUCUCGGCUCCCCUACAAAUGAGUUAGCACCCCCUGUUCAGAUGGAGAUGGGGCUCAGAGAGGCAAAGCCAGGGGCCAGCCCAGAACCACUGACCCCAUGCCCUGCUCCUCAGCGCUGUCCCGUUUCAAGAACAGUGUACUUCCUUCAGACUGUCUCCACCGUGACACACCAACCACCAAUUUUAGGUGACUUGGGAAAAAAAAAAAACAAAGACCACCACCAACAAAAAACAACACAAAACCCCACCACUCAUUAAAAUAAUAAAGCUCAAUUAAAAAUUAACAGGGGCAACUGUGGCCUUGUCUCCUUUAUAGAAUGGUUAGAUUCUGCUUAGUGCUGAAGUCCUGGAGCCACUGCUCGGUUCCCUGACUGCGUUGCUGUCCUUGGGUGCCCUGGAGUCGAUUCCAACUCACAGCGACCCUGCAGGACAGAGUAGAGCUGCUCCACAGGGUUUUCUAGGCCGUAACCUUUAAGGGAGCAGAUUGCCAGGUCUUUUCUCCCAUGGAGUCACUGGGUGGGUUCAAACCGCUGAACUUUCGGUUAGCAGCUGAGCGUUUAACCACUGUGCCACCAGGGCUCCUCCCGGUUGCAUUAUUGUCCAAAUAUUUGCUGCCUCUCCUGCCCCCUCCCCCCAGAGGAUUUUACAUCCCCUGAGGUAUUGCACUGGGCAAAUCUACUGCAAAAUACCUCUUUAAAGUCCUAAAAAGCGAAGAUGACGCUUUGAUGACUAAGGUGAACCUGACCCAAGCCACAGUGUUUCCAGUCACCUCAUAUGCACGCUAAAGUUGGAUAAGGAAAAAGGAAGGCAGAGAAUAAUUGAUGUGUUUGAACUGUGGUGUUGGUGGGGAGUAUGGAACAUACUGUGGGCUGCCAGAAAAACUAACAAACCAGUCUUAGAAACAAUACAAGCGGAAUGCUCCUUAGAAGCGAGGAUGGAGAGACUUCAGCUCGCUGACUCUGGCUACGUCAUCGGGAGAGACCAAUUGCUAGGCAAGGACAUCCUGUCUGGUGAAACGGAGGGUCAGCGGCAGCAGGGAGAACCUCGACGACGGAUUGCGCAAGAGCCACAGCGGUGGCCUUGAGCGCACCGACAAUCGCGAAGAUGGCACAGGACCGGGCGGUGUCCCGUUCUGCUGUACAUGGGGUGGCCGUUACGUCGCAGCCGACUCGGCAGCAGCCAACAACGACAACAAGAAGCAUGUCGAUAUCAGACUCGGCCACCUGACUACCGGCCAGAUACGUACUGGUGCCAAGCGGAAGCUUCAGGCGUCAACGUAGGAUCCCUCUGCUGUGAGACCAGCAAGAUCCCAGGUAGGGACCACCCCUUGGGUGACGGUGAAGUGAGCACAGCCACAGCCCACUGAUGAUGGGACUAUCACAAUGGGUGAGGAAUACUUCACAGCUCCUGAGCUGUUGGGGCUGUUUGUCACUACAGCAAAGUGUAAACAGAGCAGACAGAUACAAUCUCCCUCUUCCUCUUUAUUUCUAGUAAACCAGAAGAUCCCAGCUGGUGGCUCCAGGUUUUCAGGAAGGAUAGCAGGCACACUCACGUUGUUCUGGAUACGGGGACACAUGUGCAGAAAUGACGGAGAGACUCGUCCCGAGAGCCACGUUCCGGGCCCCACAGGUACUAACUCGAGCCUGCGACGUUUAAGAGCUGGGAGGUUGAGGG